AUGCCUGACGUCAACUCUACCGACGACGACCUUCUUGCCCGCCUCAACGCGCUUAAGAAAUCCUCGGUCAGCUUGGAUACCAACUACAGCGCGUCAAUAGCGCCUGCGGAUGCUCCCAAGCCUACCGAUGAUCUUGCGGCGCGAUUUGCACGUCUUGGCUCUGCGUCCCCCGCGGGCUCUCCACAGCCGUUGCGAGUAGUGUCUACGAACAAUGCAGGCACGCCGACAGUGGCACCGGGCGCCCCAAGCUAUCUAGAAGGUGUUGCACAGGGAGUAGGCGAAUCAGAGGUCGAGUUCAACGAGGAGGAUGAAAAGAGUUUGGAAGAGUUGCUAGGCGAGUUGAAUAGCGCCGUCGGCGACAGGAAAGAAUGGGAUGUAUCGAGAAAGGAACAGCAAGAUGUUGGAAAGCUCUUGAAAGAUAUGCAGAAGAUCUUACCAGAAGUGGUGAACAGCCACUGGGAGAACGUCGAGGUUGAUAUUGGGAGUGGUGCAGUAGGCGCAAGACAAGACAAUGUCGAAGACGCCGAUGAAGAAAUGGAUCAGGACGGCAAGAAGAAGACUGAGGAUGACGAGGCCGACGAUAUCAUUGCAAAAGUCAUGGCUGAGCUGGAAAUCAGCAAGAAAUAUGAUCCUCCCUCUCCUCCAUCAGAAGACGAGCAGUCAGACUCGGGACACGAGAAGAGGAAAACAACAGAUGACAACACAGACGGAGGCCUGACACUGCCCUCCACACCACAAGACCUACCAGAAGACGAAUUCAGCCGCGCACAAGCCAUCGAAGACGAUUUCAAUGCUCGUCUAGCCGCUCUCGCCGCACCAUCACAACCCCAAACCGACGCGCUCGGUCUCCCCUCCGCGCCAUCCUUUGCCCCCCGAAAAAAACCACCCGUGUCAACAAACCUGCAAAAGAUAAUCGACGAGGAAAUCGAUACCUGGUGCAUCAUCUGUCAGGACGACGCUACGCUCAAGUGUCUUGGCUGCGACAACGACUUGUAUUGCCAAAACUGCUGGAUGGAGGGUCACCGCGGCGAGGCGGCGGGGUUCGAGGAAAAAACUCACAAGGCGGUUUUGUAUUCGAAGAAGAAGAAACAGGCUGCUGCGUGA